CCAGUGGUGCUAUUGGCCGACGCUUGUAUAGUAACAUACGUACACACGCCUCCAGCGCAAAGUGUGACAGCAUAUAUACUUGCUGCUGAAGAGAAACUGAUGGCGCUCGUGGUUUCAUAAUUAUCACAAUCAGGGGAACGUGUAAGAUUAAACACAAGAUGGAGGUUACGACGUAUAAAGUGGCCAUUGCUGUGUUGAUGUUUGUCUGUUUAAUGAUUAGUGACUCACAAUGUGGGAUUCCAUUGAACUCUUUUCUCUCGGCUUCAAACGGCAAAUUGGAACGAGACGCCGAUGAUGUAGACAAUUUUGAUGAAGAAACAGCAAAUAUCCAAGGCGUACGAGGACAAGAUCUUCGGAAACUUAUUCUAAAGAAGCUGAGAUUCCGGGAUUUGGACGACCAGAGUCCGCCUAGUCUUUUAGAAAGCAUUCAAUUUCCAGUGAAGCGGGACCAGGACAAUCUUGUGGAUAAGGUUGCCGCUCUUCUAUCUGGUCUCAAAGUUAGACAGAUUUCUGACAGUCCUAGUGUGCGCAUGCCCAGUCUCAGAUUCGGCUAACAAAGAUAUUGACCUGGAUAUUCGGAAAUACGUAGAGCUGUUUUGUACUCGGAGAAAGGACUUGUAAUAUUACAUUAACCUUAUAUACACAGAAAUACAUGGAACAAGACUACCUUUAUAAGCGUGUACUUAACGUUUACACUUCUACCCAGGUAACAAUAAUACAGGAUUUAUUUUCGUUACUGUAUGCAGGGAUACUAUAUAGAUUCAUUACACGUCCCUGCUGUAUGGAAAUGACUGUUGACGUAAUGGUGGAUUUGACAGUGAACUAUAAAGUUUAACUAGUGCUAUAUUACACAGAAAACUAUUUUUGAAAGAAAAACAAAAUUAUUCCCAGAGUAUCUAUGUACAUUACUCGAUAAAUGCAUGGAUUCGUUCUUGUUUUGCCUCGCCUCGUUUACAUAAGCUGAAGCAUUGCAGAUACUAUCGUUACAUUGACUCAACUGCUAAUAAUGUUACACUGAGUGUACGGUACGUAAUCACACAUCUACUGUUAUGUAUGUAAACAUUUGCAAGCCAUGCCAACAACAUAUACUUGCAUUCAUUUAUGUUUCCUUUUCAAAUAAAUUCAGCAUUUAUAUUUGUACAAAUGUUAUAUUCUUUAUUUUUUGAAAUUAAAACAUUAA